AUGGCAGCCGCAUCAUCCCGUCAAGAAACGCCGACCCAACAACUCGCCAUCAAGGACUUAUUCGAAGUUCUCUCGACAAGAGAAAAGCUCUAUGCACAUCAUCUCGCACAAGCUGCCUGGAAUGGUAGCAGAAUAAUUUUGCGGCAAACCUCACCUGAGGGUACAGGCAUUUUUGAUUUCAUUAUUGAGCUUCACAAGGCUUGCGGAGGACAAUGGGACUCGCUUGUCGAGCUGCAAGGGGUCGAUCCCCACGACUUGACUGCAUUUCUUGAGUUUGCGGGCCUGUUCCUAUCUGGCUUGGGCAACUACUUUCGUUCGUCUUCAGGGAGAAGGGGACCAAAAGUUGUUCCUCCGAUUUCUCGCGAUGCACUUCUCAAUAUGGCGAGCAGCUCUCCAGAGGCUGCAGCAGCAUUGGAGAAAAUCAUCAAGCCACUAACAUCGCCUCUGCCAUCAAGCCUCGGCUUCCCCGAUGAAAACAAUCAGUCAAACUACUACCCUGGAGAAGGACAAAUCACCAAGGACGAGAUCGCCGCAGUAGCCAGAGUGAUGGAGGAGAACUCCAUUGAACCAGAAAACACUCGAAUCCACAAACGCACUAUUGGACAGUCGGUAUCUUUUGAUGUUCUUCAAGCCUCAUCGGGGCCGACUAGCGGACCUCGAGAGUUCGUUGACAAUGCAUCUGGGAUAGCUGUUCGGCUCGAAUCCGGAGAUCAUGCAGCCGAAAUGUCCAAGAUCUGCUUCCAUCUCAGUAAAGCCGCCAAUUACGUGUCUAACCCGACUCAGGCUGAGUUUCUUACCAACUGCAUCCAGUGCUUCCGCAGUGGCAACUUGGAAGCGUACCGGGCGGCACAGAAGGCCUGGGUCACUGACGUUUCUCCUAGAGUCGAGACAAUCCUUGGCUUUGUCGAGCCGUACAGAGAUCCUUAUGGUGUGAGGGCAGAAUGGGAAAGCGCCGUUUGCAUUUCUGACCCAGGCGAAACUGACAAGUUGAGGACCCUGGUGGAUGACGCUACAAAAUUUAUUCGUAUGCUGCCUUGGGCAAUGCCUGGGGUGAACGAUGGCAAAGGACCAUUUGAGGCAAGCCUAUUUCAGGCGCCUGAUUUUACUAUCGUCCACUCUCUUGCGUUCUGCUCUAGCUAUGUCUGGGAAGCAGUCAAUCUUCCCAAUUAUAGCGAUAUCCGGGAGACAUGCGGCUCUAAGAAUAUUGUCUUCGCCAAUCGAAUGAGUCUCAACAGCAACCGCCAUCGCCCCUGUUAUUUUGUGCGCCCCGCAGAAGUCCAAAGCUUCCUAGCAUAUAAUCCCAGUAUUCGUUUCAUCGUGACCGCUAUCCAUGAACUUCUGGGACAUGGCACUGGAAAAUUGCUAACUGAAGUAUCUGCGGGGAAGUAUAACUUUGACAAGGAGAGUAUGCCAAUAAAUCCCUUAACAGGCCAGCCUGUUGAGACAUGGUAUCAACCAGGGCAGACUUGGACGAGUGUUUUCGAGAAAUUGGCAACCUCAGUUGAAGAGUGCAGGGCAAUGCUUGUCUCAUACUAUCUUGCUGACAAUAAAGAAGUUUUAUCCGUUUUCGGAUACACCGAUACGACUGCAAUCUCGGCAGAGGACCUAAUCUACUACACUUAUCUCCAUGUUGGCGUGGAAGGCAUUCAAGCUUUGCGUACAUUCAAUGCGCGGGACAUGGUUUGGGGCCAACCCCAUGCAAGGGCAAACUUCGCCAUCCUGAAACACCUACUACUUGACGGAGGUGGCGUUAUAAGCGUAAAGCACGACCAGGAAACUGCGACUGUCGAGGUAUCCGUCGACCGUUCCAAAAUUUCGUCGCAUGGGAGGCCUUCGCUAGGCAGAAUGUUGCGGUGCAUUCAUAUUUGGCGAUGCAUUGCCGAUGUCGAGUCGUGCAAGAGUUUCUAUGAACCUCUUAGUGUUGUCGAUGGCGAUUAUGAGACUUGGAGACGCAUCGUUGUGUCCAAGCCGGAGCCGGGAUGGAAGUUUGUGCAGCCAAACACUGUUAUCAAGGACGACGGUGGGGUGGAGCUGGUGCUAUACAAAGAAAGCAACCAAGGCAUCAUCCAGUCAUUUGUAGAUAGGAAUCUUUAA